ACACACAGGUCACACUACAGAAUUGCAUUCUGGUUUGUUAAAGCGGCUGCCCCAGGGCUUUUCCUCCCUUUAACUCCACCGUCUGUUCCUUGCACCUUUAUGUAUGUGUGUGUGUGUGGCAGAGUAACCUGAUGCCGGUAGAGUUUGUGUGUGUUGGAGAUGAGGAUAUGUGAAGUGCGCUGACGGACAGUUAUGCGUGGCAGUUUACGUAAGUCCUGCAGGAGGAUGAAGCCCCAGAGAUAGAGGCACCUGAAACAGGAGGGUGGCCGGGAAAGGUGCACUCUGAGCAGGAUGGAGCUCAACCGAGUGUCCUUGCUCUGCCAGGACAUUACCAGACUAUGGCUGCAACUGAAAAUGGUGACAGAUGAGAUUAUGCAGCAGGAGAGCAGUCUUCUGUGUGCUGCAGACAUCAGCACAGACCUCAGGAAACAAUUUGCCUUCCUGUCAGGUGGCCGAGGACAGAAUGGCAGCCCCAUCAUUAUAUUCCCAGAGUACCCGGCAUUUGGUGAGCUGGAGGAACAGGAGUUUCACAACGUGCUGACAUACCUGACUAGCGUUCCCAGUCUCAGCUCGACGGGGGUCGGCUUCAUCCUGGUCAUUGACCGGCGGCAAGACAGAUGGGCAUCAGUGAAGGGGACGCUGCUGCGGAUCGCGGGCUCUUUCCCAGGCAACCUGCAGCUGGUGCUGGUACUGAGACCCACAGCACUCUUGCAGCGGACAAUCUCAGACAUCUUUUUUAAGUUAAACAAAGAUGAGUUUAAAAUGAAGGUGCCGGUGAUCAUGCUCAGCUCUGUGACUGAGCUCCACAGUUACAUCGACCGCACACAGCUCACUCAGGAACUGGGCGGCACACAGGAGUACUGCCAUGAGAAAUGGAUUUCACACCGCACUGCCAUUGAAGGUUUUGCUCUGAUGGUGAAGAAAACGGCACAGACUCUCCAGUCUUUUGGGACUGAGCUGGCGGAGACAGAGCUGCCCAAUGAUGUUGAGGCCACGUCCAACCUUCUAACCCUCCACACGGAUAAGAAGGACAAAAUGAAGGAGGACUUGAGGAUCGCUCUCUGUCAGGGAUCACGUUUGCUGGAGAGCAUCAAUGAGCCGCUGUUGAAAGAUCCAGAUUACACCAUGAACCAGGAUGAACUGGAGAACCUGGCUACUGUUCAGAGGUUGCUUGGUCAGUUAGAUGAGACUGAAACAGCAUUUGAUGAUUUUUGGGAUAAACACCAAACCAAGCUAGAGCAAUGUCUACAACUGCGGCAUUUUGAGCAGAACUUCAGGGAGGUCAGAGCUCAUUUAGACAUGGUGUAUGACAGACUAUCAGGCUUCUCAGAGGUCGGAAUUAGUCCUGCCCAUGUUGAACAUAUCUUGAAAGAGCUGACCAAUCAUGAAGCGAGAGCAUGUGAGGUGAUGGACCGAGCGCUGACUCUAGCAUGUGAUGCUGACCAGCUGAUUGAAGCAUCUCAUUACGCUGUGGACUCCAUCCUUCCCAAAUGCUCUGAGCUGCGGGCUGUGUGCGAGGAGAUCAGCAGCAUCCUCAAGGCCAAGAAAGCCUAUCUGCUCAAAGCCAUGGAGCUACACCAGUGUCUAGAGAAGGCCACUAAAUGGUGUGAUGAUGGGAUCUACCUGCUGGCAUCUCAGCCUGUGGAUAAGUGUCAGUCACAGGAUGGGGCGGAGUCAGCACUGCAGGAGAUUGAGAAUUUCCUGGAAAAACCCGACCAGCACAAGCUGACAGAUUUGAGUGGAAUUUGGAGGGACUAUGAGUCGGUGCUCACAAAAGACUUUAGGGAUCAGGUGGACAAAGUGUUUCAGAAGCAGCUGUCCAUACAGGAAAUGUUUGAGAAGAGAAGGGUCAGUCUGAAGAAGUUAGCAGCCAAACAGACACGACCCGUGCAGCCCGUCGCCCCACGUCCUGAAGCCAUCAUCAAAUCACCCAUUUGUUCUGAAGAUCAUAGGGAGAAGACGAUAGACGGUGAUAUCAUCAAUGGAAACUGCAGAAAAGGAGAGAUAAACUUACAGAAUGAUGGCAGCAGACACCCGUCUGUCUCUGAUGAAGAGGAGAACUUUGCUGUGCUUAGACGGCAUGUGAUGAACGAGCUGUUGGAGACGGAGCGAGCGUAUGUUGAGGAGCUGCUGUGUGUGCUGGAGGGUUAUGGGGCAGAAAUGGACAAUCCUGCUAUGGCUCACCUCAUCCCCAAUACGCUGCUUCACAAGAAAGACGUCCUCUUUGGGAAUAUGCCUGAGAUAUACCAGUUCCACAAGAAAACUUUUCUUCGUGAACUAGAGGCGUACACAGACUAUCCUGAGCUUGUGGGCCGGUGUUUCUUGGAGAGAAUGACGGAUCUGCAGAUCUAUGAGAAGUACUGUCAGAACAAGCCUCGCUCCGAGUCUCUAUGGAGACAGUGCUCUGACUGUGCUUUCUUCCAGGAGUGUCAAAAGAAACUGGAACAUAAGCUUGGUUUGGACUCGUACCUGCUCAAACCAGUGCAGAGAAUAACCAAAUACCAGCUCUUACUGAAGGAACUGCUGAAGUACAGUAAAGGCUGUGAGGGUGAGGAUGACCUGCAGGAGGCGCUCUCAUCUAUUCUGGGCAUCUUGAAAGCUGUUAAUGACUCCAUGCACCUUAUCGCCAUCACUGGAUAUGAAGGCAACCUCAGUGAUCUGGGGCGUCUGAUGAUGCAGGGGUCGUUCAGCGUGUGGACGGAGCAUAAGAAGGGUCACGCGAAGGUGAAAGACCUGGCUCGCUUCAAGCCCAUGCAGAGACACCUGUUCCUGCAUGAGAAAGCUCUGCUCUUCUGUAAGAAACGAGAGGAGAACGGAGAGGGUUAUGAGAAAGCACCUUCAUACAGCUUCAAACACUCGCUCAGUAUGACUGCUGUAGGUAUUACUGAAAAUGCAAAAGGAGACAACAAAAAGUUUGAGGUCUGGUGUAAUUCUCGAGAGGAGGUGUUCAUUGUACAGGCGCCGACACCAGAGAUCAAAACGUCAUGGGUGAACGAGAUCCGGAAGGUUCUAACGGGGCAGCUUAAGGCCUGCAGAGAAGCACGCCAGCAGAAGAGCUCAGAUCAGAUCUCACAGUUAACUCCCACCAACACCAGCCUAACCCUAAGCCCCUUCAAGACCACCCCAAAGACCCUCAAGAAAGGAGAAGAGAAGAGAACUGAACCCACAGCAGCAGAUCCCAGUACAGCCGUCUUACUUAAAAAUAAUGACAAGGUCAAAGACGAGACUGUCACCAGUCCCAACACUGAGAGAGCUGCAGUGGCUAAAAAGCGUUUUACACUGCAGGGCUUCAGUAACCUCAAGAGUCAAAAAGAACCGAUAGUGCCCUCUGGUGGCAAAAGCCUAACACUACCCAUGGUCUCUGUCUGCCCUCCAGGAUCAUCCCCCCCUAGUCCUGACCACAAAACUAAAAGACAUGAGAUUAAGAGUGAUCCUACACCGUUUGGCUUCAGAGACGCAGGUCCGCACAUCACUCUUACCCGAGUGAGAUGGCUGAGCACUUCUAGUCUGUUGCAGACUAAAAGGAGAGGCUUCUCCAAGGCAUCGCUGUCUGUGGAUGCAUCUGAGGAGAACGAUGGUUACUCGAGUGCCGAGGAUCCCAUGAACUCUGAUCCUGAGGAUGAGGGAGGGAAAAAGCUGUCUCCAGGCAGGUACGUGGUAGUUGCUGACCAUGACAAAAAUGGACCACAGGAGCUGACGGUCAAGAGCGGAGACUCAGUUCAGCUGGUGAGAGAGGGAGACGAUGGACGCUGGUUUGUACGUAAUCUGCGUUCCAAUAAAGAGGGCUGGGUUCCUGCUGCAAACCUGCUGACUCUCAUCGGAGAAUCCAAAUCUUCUCAAUCCCUCUCCAGCUCAGAAGGCAGUGGGUCUGGAAACCUCAGCACAUCCUCCAGCUGCAGCGAAACCUACACAAGCUUCUCAGACAUCAAACCCUGAAGCUGCUGCUCCACCGCCUUGUGGCAGCUCAGACACAGUGCACUUUCUACUGAAGCUCCUCGAGUCUCUGUACUGUAUUUAACCUCGUCACCCGAGAAAGGAAUUGACCUCUGCGGUCCAUAUACGCUAUUCAAGAUAUUUUAUAUUGAGUGUCACACUUUCUCAACCUUCUCUCCUUCAUAAGAGAGAGAAAAAAGAUCAUUCAGUGUCUGCUGUUCCCCCGUGGAAAUUCUUCGUCACUUUGAAAGUAUCAGCGUGAUGCUGUUUGUUUCACGUCUGCAUGCGUUUCCUCAAAGAUUAAAAAAGAAAAGGGCUCUUGGUCGAGUCUGCAUUAACAUCAGAGCAGCCUGCGGUUUUAAAAGUCUUUAAAUAUACAUAACAAGGACUCUCAUUGGAUUUUAAUGUAUGACCACAUGAGCUUCCACUGGUUUUAUUGAUCUUGCGUUGAGAAUAUCAGUGUCUUUUUGAAAUGUCUGACUUUGUUGGCGUCUAAAGCUCCUGUCUGAUUUGCUGUAGCAGCAAGACAAUGAAAUUGUUUUAUAUGAUAAAGAUUCUUGAGGUUA